GUUCCGUGCAAAAUGCUUCGAUAAAACGCAGAAUAUUUCUUUCACCAUAUCGUUACAAAAUUCGGGUCCGCUUUAUAUACGUAUUCGAGGCACGUUUUCAGUUGUGUAGGAAUUCAAUUUCUUGAAAAAUAGCUCGACACAAAUCGGAGACGGAUUUUCUUUCAUUUUUCGGAAGUAAAAUGUCUGUCAAAAACGCUUCUAAGAGAAAGUCUUUCAAUGUAAAAUUUUCAAACAAAAAGCCCAAACGAUUCAGUCGUCUGGAAGAUGAUGAAAUUUCCAGUGAUUCUGAAGAAGAGAAAGAAGAAAAUGAAAACUUGAAAGAAGAUUCUGAAUCAGAUCUUGAGGAAACUGCUCAAGAGAAAAAAAUUCGAUUAACAAAGCAAUACCUAGAAGAACUGAAAGAGCUUCAAUCACAAGAAGAUAAUGAAGCAGCAGAUGCUGUCGGAGACAAAUUACAAGAAGAUAUUCUGGAAAAAGCUGGAAGACUACAAAAACAGGUUGCAGACAAAUGUAUCGUGCCAAAGGUUUCCGAUAUGGAAGUUUUACGAGGGCAUAAGUUAUCUGUGACAUGCAUCGCAGUAUCGAGUGACGGAAAGUUUUUAUUCUCUACCUCGAAAGAUUGUUCCAUUAUUAAAUGGGAUGCCGUUGAGUUUAAAAAGAUAAAAAAAGUCUCAGGGGGCCAUCGAAGUGACCCUAAAAUUACUCACACUGCCCAUAUUUUAUGCCUUGCAAUUUCAACUGAUGGUGAAUUUUUGGUUUCUGGUAGCAUGGAUAAAAUGAUACAUGUGUGGAAGGCGGAAACAAUGGAACACCUGCAUCGUUUUCAAGGCCAUCGAGGUGCCGUAAGCGGUGUUGCUUUUCGAUUGAAUUCACACCAACUUUUUUCAAGUUCGUUUGAUCGCUGUGUUAAGGUCUGGGACCUUGAUGCGAUGGGUUAUGUAGAGACGUUAUUCGGACAUCAGGACCUGGUCCAAGCAUGUGACAGCCUGUCCAGGGAGAGAUGUGCCACAGCUGGUGGACGGGAUGGAUCAAUACGAAUUUGGAAAAUAGCUGAAGAAUCGCAACUUGUCUAUCACGGUCACAAUGGAUCCAUAGACUGCCUAAAACUUAUCAACGAAGAAUAUUUCAUCUCUGGAGCGGAUGAUGGGUCAAUUUGUCUAUGGAGUGUAAUGAAAAAGAAGCCGACUACUUGUGUAAAAAAUGCACAUCCGGAUUCGAGUAGUAAAAGCCCUUGGAUAACUGCCGUCACAGCUUUAAUAAACUCUGAUUUAGUGGCAACUGGCUCGUCUAACGGAGCAGUAAAAAUCUGGAAAUGCGGACCCAAAUUUUUAACCAUUGAACACCUUUUUGAUAUACCAGUUGUUGGAUUUGUGAACAGUUUACAAUUUUCACCGACUGGGAAUAAGCUUUUUAUAGGUGUGGGACAAGAACACAGACUGGGAAGAUGGUGGCGUCUAAAAGAAGCAAGAAACUCUAUCAUAAUUGUAUCUUUAUUUGAGGAAAAGGCAUGAAAUACAUUAGCAUUGCACACA